AAUUCUCUUAAACCAGGAAAUAAAGGAGAGAGAGUGCAGAGAAGCCAAAGCAACGCAGUUUCGGAUCUGGCUCCCGCGCCCUGUCACCAUGAGGAUGCCCAACCGCCAGCAGGCGGACUCGAAGACCACACCCGCUGCCGGAAGUCUUCGGGACGCGGAGUCGCUCUUCCGCUCAAAGCCGAUCCAUGAGAUCCGCGCCGUCGAAGCCGCAACGCGCCGCGAUAUCGAGCAGAAGAAGGAAGAACUCCGGCAGCUUGUUGGUAAAAGCUACCGCGACCUCAUAGACUCUGCCGACUCAAUCAUCCGGAUGAAAUCCUCCUGCGACUCUAUCUCCUCCAACCUCUCCCUCAUCGAAACCGCCCUCCGAUCGCUUUCUCCCUCCACCACCGACUCGCCUCACACCGCCCCCGACCCUGCCCGCGGCAAGAUCUACGGCAUUGCGUGCCGCGUCAAGUACCUCGUCGACACGCCGGAAAACAUCUGGGGAUGCCUUGACGAGUCCAUGCUCCUCGAGGCCUCCGGCCGAUAUCUCCGCGCCAAGGAAGUGCAUGGCCUCCUUUCCACAGUUGCCGCCGAUUCCGACGUUCUCUCCCGCUUCCCGCUGCUGCAGCACCAGUGGCAGAUCGUCGAGAGCUUCACGGCCCAGAUCUCGCAGCGCAGCCGGGAUCGCCUCAUGGACCGUGGCCUUACUGUUGCUGCAUACGCUGACGCUCUUGCCGCCGCUGCUACCAUUGAUGAUCUCAACCCUAAGCAGAUUCUUGACAUCUUCCUCGACUCGAGACGGGCGUGGAUCUCGCAGAAGCUCGUUAGCUCAGCGGCAGAUGACAGUCCCACGGCGGUGCUCUGCGACAUUGCAAGGGUAAUUAGGGCUAGUUUAGGGCAAGUUGGACAACUCUUACGUCAUGCGUUGAAUGAGAUGCCACUGUUUUACAAAAUGGUGCUUGGUUCGCCACCAGGGACGCAGCUGUUUGGGGGAAUCCCCAAUCCGGAGGAGGAGGUAAACCUUUGGAAAUCCCACAGGGAGAAGCUGGAAUCUGUGAUGGUUUUGCUGGAGCCGGAAUUUGUAAGUCAGACAUGCUCUGCAUGGCUGCAGAGUUGCUGUGAUGAGAUCUUUGCACAGUCUUCUACUGGUAAGGGACUUAUUCAAACUAUUUCAAGUGGUGAAGGGCUAGUGGCUGCUGAGAAGAUGGUCCAGGAGGCAUUGGAUGGAUGUGAGGGGUUAGAGGAGAGCUUGGAGGAGUGGCUCAGGGGUGUCUUUGGUUCUGAUAUCAAAUCCCCUUGGAAGCAAAUCUGCGGGCUUAUUCUGAAAGAUGGCAAGGAUAUCUUCGAGGAUAAAAUGGAACAAGCAUUCCUGCUGAGGAUGAAAGAAAUUGUGCAAUCUGGAUUUGACAACUUGACAAAAGAGGUUAGCGUUAAGGAUUCAGUUGAAGCAAUUGUAUCGGGUCUCAAUGGUGCAAAGGAUUUCUCUGAGUACCUGAAGAAAUCAUCAAAGGGUGGUGGAGUUUGGUUUUCGGAGUUUAAUCAAAAGAGAAUAGGACUUGCCCUGAAUUUCAAACCAGCUGCUAAUGAGAAUGACUUCCGCAACUGUCUCAAUGCUUAUUUUGGACCAGAGGUCAACCGAAUUAGGGAUCUAAUAGAUAAGAGAUUGUGCAGCAUUUUGGAUGAUCUUUUGUGCUUUAUAGAAUCACAUAAUGCUACAACAAGAUUAAAGGAACUAGCACCACAUAUUCAAGAUAAAUGUUACAAGGCAAUAUCAGCCCUAUUAGGGGAGACUCAAGAGGAGAUUGGCAGCCUCUCUGUUUCUUUAGUUAACAAAAGAAUGAAUAAUGAAUCUCAGCCUUCUCCUGUAAUUGUGGAGAGAUCUCUUUUUCUUGGACGUCUCUUGUAUGCAUUGCGAAACCAUUCAAGUUAUAUUCCACUCAUACUUGGUUCUCCCCGGCAAUGGGUGAAGCAAACAACUGGCUCAGCAUAUGCUAGCUUGGCCUCGCCUCUAUCCAAACAAUCCAAAGAUACCUUUAACUCUCCAAUAUCUUUUAGCCCUAGAAGACCUGCUUUUGAUAGACCUCCAAGUCCUGGACAGUCUCUUGAAACCCCUAAAAGGCAAGCUAUUUCAGCUGCUGCUGCAUUAUUUACAGUUGAUAACAGUACAAACAUAAAAUAUGAAGAGUUGAGUAGAAAACUUCAGGAUCUUUGCAUCGGAGCCCAUGGCUCAUGGAUUACUUGGGUUGCCAAUGAGCUAUCUAUCAUUUUGUCUAACGACCUCAAUCAUGAUGAUGCUCUUUCUGCGACAAGCCCUCUGAGAGGUUGGGAAGUGACUGUGAUCAAGCAAGACGAACCUGCUGAGGAUCAUUUAGAGAUGCAAAUAGCUCUUCCUUCCAUGGCUUCACAGUACAUUGUUUCUUUCCUCUUCCAAGCAUGCCAAGAAAUUCAUAAAGUUGGAGGGCAUGUUCUUGAUAGAGUUAUCCUGCAAAAUUUUGCCUCUGAAAUGUUAAAGAAGGUUGUUGAAGUCUAUGAAAACUUUCUUGCAAAAGUGGAGGCACCUGAAUCACAUAUAUCGGAAAAAGGUGUUCUGCAGAUUAUGUUAGACUUAAGAUUCUCUGCUGAUGUUCUCUCUGGAGGCAAGGAUGUAACUUCCAUUAGCGUUGAAUUGACCCCUGGAAGGAGAAAACUUGUGUCAUCUUCGGACUCAAGUUUUAUGGAGAUUGUUUCAGGGCUAAUACAUAGGUUCUCACAAAGAUUGGAUCCCAUUGAUUGGGCCACGUAUGAGCCUUACCUUUGGGAGAAUGAAAAGCAGGCAUACAAACGAUGUUCUGUACUCUUUGGGUUCUUUAUUCAGCUUAAUCGCCUCUAUGUCGAUACUGUUCAAAAAUUACCUACAAAGUCCAAUACAGAAUCAAAUAUAUUGAGAUGUUCUACAGUUCCAAGAUUUAAGUACCUUCCAAUCAGUGCUCCCGCCCUGUCAUCAAGAGGGUCACAUAAAUCGGCACUUCAAACAUCCAUAGAUGAUGCAUCUUCAAAGAACCCAUGGUCAACAUAUUCAAAUGGAGAACGGUCUCCAAAGCCUGAUUUUGAUGAUUCAUUAAGUUUUGGGGUCGCGACACCACUUCUAAAGUCUUUAAUGACCCAGGUUGGAAGCAAAUUCGGGGAGAGUACAUCGCGAUGGGGAUCGAUGCUUUCUGACGGGCAAGUCGGUAAGCUGAAGGAUAGAUCAGCGGCCGCCAUGUCAACAUUUGGCGAUAUGCUUCCAGGUCCAGCAGCAGGACUUCUGUCAUCUUUUACUUCCAGCACAUCAAGGUUUGAUUCUUUAUAGAACCUAUAUUUUGUUCUGCAAAUAUGCUUCAGCUGCUGCAUCAUUCCUACAUUACCAUGGCUGGGGGUAGUAUAGUUAUUUGCUAUCAAUCAACUAAAUACAAGAAUGAUUAUUUCAAUUUUUAUGGCUAGUUUAAGUAGGUUUUGUUCCCUAUGUAUAGUUGAGCCGGCAGAGAAAAUAUGUUUGUUUUAUAUCAAAUUUUUAUUAACACUGGUGAUUUACCAGUUGUGCCAUAUUAAAUUGUAAGAACAAGGAAGAGAUGAACCAAGCAAUUUUGCUUGUUUUCGGUGAAGGCUGCUUUUUUUUUUUUU